UCAUGUUCAGCUUAGAGUUUAUUGAAUUUUUUGGAUCACAUGUUGCAGAUUAAUCGAACCAUGUACCUACUUAGUACUUAUGUUACAAAUAUUCGAUGAUACUUUCUCAGACUGCCUCUAAAUUAAAAGGAACCGAGAAGAAAGUAAAACAGAAAUUAAUAAGGUACCAUUCAGAAAUGAUAUUGAACUUGUAGGUAGCCAAUUUGCCAUUUGUGGAAGUUUAUAUCAAUUAGUGUGAGGACUCAUCUUAGAAAAGAUGAAUUCAUUGAUUUUCUCUAUUUUAUGUGUUUUUGUAACUGAGGUGCGAUCAAAACAAGCAUUACUUAUCAGUAUACACCCUAAGUAUUGGGGGAACCUUGAAGACGUUUGGUACAACAAUACCGCAUCUGACCCAUAUUCCGACGAAAACGAAUAUUUUGCCGCGUGUCCUGCUUCCAGUUCUCUAGAGCAGCAAUUCAACAAUGAUGUCUCGUUGACCAAACAAAGCGUAUUCUCGCGGUUAAUUUUGUGGAGAAAUCAAUCCCUGACGCACAAUGAUGUUGAUUUCUGUGAAAAGUCAUACGAGCCUGCGAUGAUUUAUAAUUCACAUACGAAAGCGUACAAGAUCGGAUAUGAGCUGUAUUUUUUUAGAAACGAGACCACAAUUCAGUACAGUAGAGAUGAUUAUCAUUACUCGUAUUAUAACAGGGUGAAUACAAAAAAAUUCCCGCAUGAAAUUGAGAACAAAACAAUAUUCAAUGGUACCUCGGAAUUUGUAAAUAGAUACGAAGAGGGGUUGCAAAUUAUUUUCAAUUUCGCCAAUGGAUAUCCGACUCUGGGUUUUCAUUGGAUAAAUGUACUCUCAAUAAUAUACACAAAAAACAACAAACAUGCAAUACUUGAAACACAUCCUGUCAAACUUGAAAAUUUAAAAGAUGAAUGCAGAAAUUAUCGACCUGUCGAUGAAAAAUUGUACUCAAUGAAAAAUCAGAAAAAGCAUUUGAAAGACAUUCUGGUACCUUCGUCCUCAUUAAAAGGAAACCCUGAUAUGUCAUGCGGGCAACCUUACGGAUGUUUAACACCAUCGCAGAUACUUCCACUGUGGUAUUUUGACUCGAGCUCAGCCAGACUUGCCAGUUGUUCGUAUUCAUUAAACGAAAUACCAGUUUGGAAAUGCAUCGCAGAUGGAAAUUUGAGAAGAGUCGAUCUUUUCAUAGCUGCAAUUAUCAAGAAAUCAAGUGUUGACGAAGUCAUUUUUGGUGUAAAUGGAGUAUUGAAAAUGAUGGUACCGGGCGGCAGGAGAAAAAUGUAUUUAUCGGAUACUAAACGCGAUCGUGUCGUGAAAAUUCCAAAAAUAAUUUAUCGAAUUAUUAAUUUUGAAGCGGUGAAUAUUAAACAUAUGGCAGUAAUUGUAAUCCAUAAUGAUCCUAGCGGUGUCCGAGAUACUGAUAAACUUUGCGACAAAAACGAUACUCUUAUUCGCACUUGGGAUACAAUAAUCAACAAUGAUCCGAAAACUGGAUUAACUUACAUUUGUCCGAUGACCACAGAUCUUGAAAAAAAAUUAGAAACAAAUUUUUACCGUAUAAAUAAACUAAAUUUGGAUGAUAUUCCCCAUGAUGUUGAUUCUGCGAAUUUGUUUUGGGAUGAUGAAGAGGAAAUUGUCAAUUUAAGCUUUGAAAGAUUUUUAAAAGAGUAUCCCAAGUGAAAUAAAAUAAUAAAAACGUGAUA